AUUCAAAGCAAAGGAGUGAAGAUGUCAGGCUGUUCACUCUGAAUAGUCAUUAUCACCGGAGGGAAUUAAACUUGUGCGAGGAAAUCCUCCCCCUCCCUCCACAUUGUUGCAGCCAAUGAAACCCACGCUCACAUUGACAGCCGAGGUGCAUGCCGGUAGCUGUAGUCGUAGCUCCGGCUCCGUUUACAGCGGUUGACACCGAGCGGAGUGCAGCGGCACGAAUAUCGUCCGUCUGAGUCUUUUAUUUUUCAUUUAUAGAUUUUUUUAUUGACAAGGGGCGACGCGUUCUCCCCAAAAGGGCCGACAAAAACAUGCAGGCCGAGUCGGGAAUAGUUCUCGACUUCGAGGUCGGAGAGGAGUUUCAAGAGGAACCUAAAACGUAUUACGAACUGAAGAGUCAACCCCUGAAAAACAGCGGCCCGUCGGGCGAGCACAGCUCCUCCAAGCCCCCCCUGAGCUCCUCGGCUGUGACAUCACGCAUCCUGCUGCGGCAGCAGCUGAUGCGGGAGCAGCUUCAGGAGCAGGAGCGCCGGGAACAGCGGAGACAGCGAGCCUCCCAGUGCCCACAGACCGCGGCGGCCCAGACCCCCGCCAUCGAUGUCAGCGCGCCCGCCGGUCUGCCGCCUGCACCCCAGGUGCCGAUGGAGGUGUUCAAGGUCCAGACUCACCUGGAGAACCCGACCAAGUACCACAUCCAGCACUCCCAGCAGCAGCAGGUGAAGCGCUACCUGGGAAAGCUCGGCUCUCAGGUGUUGAACUUGCCGUGCCACAACCAGUCCUCUGACCACGGGGGCAUGCCGCCAGGGCCGGGCAACAGCGCCCCCAACAGCCCUAUGGCCUUACUGACCCUCAACUCUAACUGCGAGAAAGAGAUGGAUGAUGUCAUUGACGACAUUAUUAGUCUGGAGUCCAGUUACAGCGAUGACAUCCUGGGCCUGAUGGACCCGGGGCUCCAGAUGGCUAACACCAUCCCCGUGAACGCUAACCUCAUGGACAUGUACGGUAAUCAGGGGAUGUCCCAGCAGGGUCUGCCCAUCAGCAACUCGUGCCCCGCCAACCUGCCCAACAUCAAAAGGGAAUACUCCGUUUCCCAGACCCCGGCCAUCAUGCACAUGCUGGAUAAGUCUGGAUCCUGCGGCAACAAAUUUGACAGCUAUCAGCGGCCUGAAGGAUUCCCCGUGGCUGAGGUCAGAGCGAUGGCUAAGGAAAGGCAGAAGAAGGAUAACCAUAAUUUGAUUGAGAGAAGACGACGGUUUAACAUCAACGAUCGAAUCAAGGAAUUGGGAACUUUAAUCCCCAAAUCCAAUGACCCGGACAUGCGCUGGAACAAAGGCACAAUCCUGAAGGCGUCGGUGGACUACAUCCGGAAGCUUCAGCGGGAGCAGCUGAGGGCCAAGGAGCUGGACAUCCGGCAGAAGAAGCUCGAGCAUGCCAACCGGCAUCUGAUGCUGAGGAUACAGGAGUUAGAGAUGCAGGCCCGGGCGCACGGCCUGGUCAUCGCACCCCCGGCGCUCUGCUCCCCCGAACUCUGCGCCCGGCCCAUCAAGCAGGAGACGGCGCCGGACGACUGUCGCCAGGAGCUGUACGCGCUCCACCCUCAUCACCACCAGCAGCACCACGCGGCCCGCACCCCGGAGACGCCCGGCGCCCCGGAGCUGAGCGAGGGCCACGCCGACUUCCCGGCGGAGGGCCACUACAAGCCGGGCUCCAAACUCAACGACGUCCUCAUGGAAGACACCCUGUCCCCGGUGAGAGGGCGGGACCCUUUGCUCUCGUCCAUCUCGCCGGACACCUCCAAGGACAGCAGUCGCAAGAGCAGCGUGAGCAUGGAUGAGAAUGAGGAGGUCUGUUAGCGGCCCCUGCUGGAGGAUACCUGCGGUGCGUCUCCGACCGUCUCCACCCUGCUGCAAGUGCCCCCCCCCCCCAGCUUUCUCCCGUUGUUGUGUUUUCCUCGUCCGUGUUUACAUGCGUUUAAUCUUUUCCAUUCGUGCAUUUUUUAGUGAUAUCUUGGUCUUUGUCAAGCCCUCAACCUGGAUUUCAAAGGACUGAUUAUAAAGUGUGUUUGCUCCAAUCAAUGCUUUGAUGACAAUGAGUUACAAUAAUAGAGGUUUUUAUAUUUUUUAAAAAAGACAUGCGUUAAACUUUAAAUAGAAGCUAGAUUAUGUUUAUUUCUAUUGAUUCCAAAGAAUCUAGGGACGUUAUGAAUCACGGUCAAUAGUGUAGAUAUUUUUUGUUUUAGAUAAACACUGCUUUUUAAAUCGGUAGCGAUAAUAGAAGAAAGAAGAUCUAUUUAUUACGAUAGUGCUUUACACUCCUUGUGUCUUAGAAUGAACUUGAAUGUGCCAAUGCCUUAUUAAGACAUUCAUACAUCAAUGUUAUAUUGCUGUGCACAGUUUUUGGCUGUUUGUCAGUCAUCCAGUUGACAUUUUUUCCUUUGAUGAAUAUUAAUCAUUUGUAGAUUUCAUCUUAUUUAUGUAUCUAUGUUAAGUAGACAUUCCCCUGAGAGGUAUUUAGGACAAGGCCUUUAAAAGAGCCUUUUUGAAACGACAAAUAAACAAAAGCACGUUAAGAAUAGAAAGCUAAUAUGUCUCCUUUGCGAUAAUUCAAAUAACAAAAUCACCCUUGAUAAUGGCCUGUUGUAAUACGUUAUUCAGCGUCGUGAUGAAUAUGAAGCAGCACAAUAAGUUAAGUUUCAACACACUUAAAGAUGAACCAGCGGUGUUUUAUUGUGUUCUUGUCUGCAGGGUUCAGAGCUGAUUAAAUGCUACUAUUUCUGCAUACUCAGACAUGUAUGGAGGCACGUUUCGAGUUUUUUUUACAAUUUUCUAUUUCCCUAAAUUAUUAUUAUUGAUUUUUUUUAUUUUUUUACACCACUGUGGUGAUAUUUCACAUCAAGGAAGUUUUCUUUUCCACUAUUAUGUGAACCUUUAUAUUUCCACGGACUAAAAAGAGACUGCUUUGGGAUUUUGUAUGACAUGCAUGACAUUGUCAAAACACUGGAAUGACAUCUGUAAUCUGUUCACCUU